AUGCCAUGGGCUCAUCGGUGCCAGCGCAUGGCUGGGCACCAGGCAGCGCAGCCCAGCACUGAGCCUCUCUGGGUGCCCGCAGGGAAGAAGGAGGACUCCUACAGCGUGCUGGACCUGACGGAGUACACCAAGAACCGGCCCUGGUGGCGCAAGGUUUUCGCUCCCAGCUCGGGGUCGAGCGCGGAGAAAUACAACGUGGCCACGCAGCUGGUGAUCGGAGGGGUCACGGGAUGGUGUACUGGAUUCAUCUUCCAGAAAGUUGGAAAGCUGGCGGCAACAGCAGUGGGAGGUGGCUUUUUCCUACUUCAGAUUGCAAACCACACAGGAUACAUCAAAGUGGACUGGAAGCUAGUAGAACGGGACGUGAACAAAGCCAAGCAGCAGCUGAAAUUUCACAGCAGUGGUAACAAAAUGUCUCCAGAAGUGAAGAGCAAAGUGGAUGAGGUGAUCGCGUUUCUGAAGAAGAAUGUUAUCCUGACCGGAGGGUUUGCUGGAGGAUUUCUGCUUGGAAUGGCAUCAUAGGAACUGCAUUCAACUCUUCUUUCUUGCCCAGCCUCCCCAUCUUCUCCUUCCUGUUCCCUCUCACUUAGAAAUCGGUGGUUGUUGCCAGCAGGCUCAGUCCCUUCUGCUCCCAGGUUCCAACCCGUGCUUCUUACAACGCUGCUGCAAUUUCCAACUUUUCCUCUCUCUGGGCUGUUGGGGUGCUGGGACUGGUCUGAAGCUUAGGACCCCCAGUGUAUCGGUGUGAUUCCUUUCCCCACCCAAUAUGCCCAGAUUUUGGUGAGUUGCAGCCUCAUAAAUCUGUAGUGGCAGAGAACUCUCUGAACAAGCUUCUUUGCAGAUGCCCAGGACUGUUACGUUUGUUUGUCUGCCAGUAUGUGUAUACAACAGCUGUCAGUUGUUCACUGGUACUUGGCUUGUACUUGCUCUGCCCUGGUACCUGGAAAGUCUGUGCUUCCCUCACCGCAGAGGCUGGUGUGUGAAACCCAAAUAUGCCUGGCUGUCCUUGGGUGGAGGUGGAAGUGUUGGGGGCAGCUUGGGCUCUGUGCCAGAAUGGGCUCCCAGGCUGGUGGUUAAGGAGCGAGUUCAUGCUGUAUGUGGGGCUGGGGUGUUCUCUUGCCUUCCCCCUACCAUUGCACUACGCGUAAAUGGCCGUUUUGGCUUCUCCUCUGCUGUUAUUUAUACCUCUUACUGGAACUGCAGCGCUGGCACUGCUGAUGGAAACUGAGCACCAUGUGUGACUCUCCAGGCCCUUUCCUUAUCAUGUCUUCUGAAAGUCACUGAGCUUCCUGCACUGCAGAGCGCAGUUGCCUUUCUUGCUUGCCAGCUGGCUGCUCAACCUUUGAAAUGUGCUGAGACGCUCUCUUGUUGGAGCAGGCAGGCUUCCAGAGUGUUUGAACCUGUCUGUGUCGGCCGGCUGGCUCAGGUGGUCUGUGUUUCAGCUGUGCCACUUACUGUAAAUUGCCAUGGGGCUCACACUGGUGUUCCUAGGUCUAGCACGGCCUUCCCUGGCCAGAUGGAGUUGGUGAUGCCCGUAAGAAUGUAAUUGUAUGGGACAGGAUUGUAGAUAGGAGAUGCAUCCCAAUUUAGGGUACAUUGUACUGGUCCAGGAUCCCUGUUGCCAGCUCAGUUGGAGUGGGGGAAAGGAUAUGAAAUCUGGCUAGAGCUGCUUUGAGCGCGGUCUUUUAUCUGCCUCUGCAGAGUACAAAUCCCAUCUCCCUAGUCUCUGCAAACUGAAUUAUUUAAUCUUUCCGGCAUCUGCAUCCUGGGGGCUGCUGUUGUCAGAAUGGUUCAGCUGCUUUUCUGUAGUGUCUCUUGGAAAUCAGAAGUUCCUUUGAAUGUGUUUGGCAAUAACUCCAAUUUUUUUUUCCCUUCCCCAAUCUGAGACAGUGCUUACAAAGAUGCUACUUGGAGCAGCUAAGGCAGCCUGUUUACCUUCCGGUCUGCUUAUGAAAACAGGGUCCUUAGGCCUAAGUGACAAAGGUGGUAGGAAAAACAGGGUGUAUUCCUGUCGCAGGGGCCGUUACUAGCUUUCUGCUUCAGUGAUGUUCCUCCUUUGAGCUUAUUAGUUUUGCUCCAUUUCUAUGAAAAAAGUUAUCCCCUUGCCUCUUUAAUUACUGUGUCUGCAGCCCUUUCCCUGCAGGUAAUGAGGCAGCCAAGAUGCAGAGCCCUGCUGUUUUAGGGUCUGGCCCAGUGCAGCUAUGUGCAGAGCAGAACUCUAACCUACAAGAGAAAAGGAAGAAAAAAAUUACCAAAAAAAAAAAA